AUGCCUGUGAUGAAGGGAUUAUUAGCGCCGCAGAACACGUUUCUGGACACUAUAGCCACACGGUUUGACGGCACUCACAGCAACUUCAUCCUGGCCAAUGCUCAGGUGUCCCAGGGCUUCCCCAUCGUCUACUGCUCCGAUGGCUUCUGUGAGCUCACAGGCUUCUCGCGGGCCGAGGUCAUGCAGAAGAGCUGCGCCUGCAAGUUCCUGUACGGGCCGGAGACCAGCGAUGGCAUCAUCCUCAGCAUCAACGAUGCCCUGGAGGAGCGCAAGGAGUUCAAGGAUGAGAUCAUGUUCUAUAAGAAGACGGCGGUGCUGUUCUGGUGCCUGCUGGACAUCGUGCCCAUUAAGAACGAAAAGGGAGACGUGGUGCUCUUUCUGGCCUCCUUUAAAGACAUCACCGACACUAAAGCCAAAGCCAUCCAUGAUGACAAGAGAGAAGAGCGCCGGCGAGGCAGGGUGAAAACAGGCUCUCCGUUUAGCUCAGCUCGUCUGCGGAGCAGCACCAUCCUCUACCACAUCUCUGGUCACCUCCACAGCAGGGAGAAGAAGAGCAAGAUUAAACUCAACAAGAACGUGUUCGGGGACCCUCCUGCUCUGCCAGAGUACAAGGUCGCAGACGCCAAGAAGUCCAAGUUCAUCCUCCUUCACUUCAGCACGUUCAAGGCCGGCUGGGAUUGGCUGAUUCUGCUCGCUACAUUUUAUGUCGCUGUGACGGUACCUUACAACGUGUGUUUCAUCGGCGAUGAUGACAUGACCCGCAGCACCACUGCCAGUGACAUCGUCGUAGAGCUACUGUUUAUCAUAGACAUUGUACUGAGCUUCCGGACCACCUACGUCAGCAAGUCGGGCCAGGUGAUUUUUGACGCUCGCCUUAUCUGCAUCCAUUACUUGACGACGUGGUUCAUCAUCGACCUGGUGGCUGCAUUACCAUUCGACCUUCUGUAUGCCUUCAAAGUCAGCGUGGUGUCUGUUGUCCACCUGCUGAAAACAGUGCGGCUGCUGCGUCUUCUCCGGCUGCUCCAGAAGUUGGACCGCUACUCGCAGCACAGCACGGUGGUCCUGACCCUGCUCAUGUUCGUGUUCGCCCUGGUGGCCCACUGGAUGGCCUGCAUCUGGUAUAUCAUCGGCAAGAUGGAGAUAGAGGCCAACGCCUACUCCUGGGAAAUCGGAUGGCUCCAUGAGCUUGGGAGGCGCCUGGAGUCGCCCUACAGCGCCAUGGGUGGUGUGAACGGGACGGGCACCGGUCCCUCCAUCCGCAGCGUCUACAUCGCCUCGCUCUACUUCACCCUGAGCAGCCUGACCAGCGUAGGCUUUGGCAACGUGUCGGCCAACACCGAUGCUGAGAAGAUCUUUUCUAUCUGCACCAUGCUUAUAGGAGCGCUGAUGCAUGCAUUGGUCUUUGGUAACGUCACAGCCAUCAUUCAGCGGAUGUACUCUCGCUGGUCCCAGUAUCACACCAGAACCAAAGACCUAAAGGACUUCAUACGUGUCCAUCGUCUGCCGCAGAUCCUCAAGCAGCGUAUGCUGGAAUAUUUCCAGACCACCUGGUCGGUCAACAACGGCAUUGAUUCCAAUGAGCUCCUGAAGGACUUCCCUGAUGAGCUGCGCUCCGACAUCACCAUGCACCUCAACAAGGAGAUCCUGGAGCUUUCGCUGUUCUCCUCAGCCAGCCGUGGCUGCCUGCGUUCCCUGUCACUGCACAUCAAGACGUCCUUCUGUGCCCCGGGGGAGUACCUCCUCCGACAGGGUGACGCGCUCCAGGCCAUCUUCUUCGUCUGCUCGGGGUCUAUGGAGGUGCUGAAAGACAACACGGUGCUGGCCAUACUGGGUAAGGGUGACCUGAUCGGUGCUAACUUAUCCAUCGACGACCGGGUGAUUAAGACCAACGCGGAUGUGAAGGCGCUGACCUACUGCGACCUGCAGUGCAUCAACCUGAAGGGGCUGUACGAGGUGCUGGACCUCUACCCUGAAUACUCGCACCGCUUCGUCCAGGACAUCCAGCAGGAUCUCACCUACAACCUUAGGGAGGGACAUGAGACACACGUCAAGUCCAGGAUGUCCUCAGCAACCCUAGCUACUCAGUCAGGGGUGAGGGGGAAUGGACGAGUGAUCCAAGGCUAUCCAUCCAUCAUCGAGAGGAAGACGCAACAGGAGGAGGAGGAGGAAGAUGAAGACGAGGAGGAAGAAGACGAGGCUGUGUCUUUGUCUCCAUCAUUAGAGCAGAACAGCGUGGUUUACCUCAGGGAUGGCACCGGUGGUAAGUCUCCACCUGGCCUGCCCAGCCAGAAGAGUAAAAACACAGGCCCAAGCUUCACUCGGUCCCGGGCAAAGACGAAGAUCCAGCAGAUGACUCUCACCACCCUUGACCCUUCCAACCUCAGCCUGAGGAUAGUGGACGGUACUGAGGACAGUGAGGGGACAGAAAGCUCCCCGGCUUUCUCUUUUUCUCCCAACCGAGGGUGUCCCGUCAGCGGACCAAUCAGUGCCUCAGCUUCAGCCACAGAUAUGCUGCAGAUUAAUACAGCAGAGUUAGCAGCUAAAGUAGAGGAGACCAGGGGACAGCUACGACACCUUGAUCAGCAGAUGAGCACCCUGGGGAAGGACAUGGCUGAACUUGGUCAAGUCAUGAAGAGAAUGGCCCAGCUCAUGGAGACCCUCGUGCCCCAACCUUCAGUGGUCUGCCCAACACUUUGCUCUCCUGGACUCCCUGUAUACCUGUCCCAUCCCAGCCCCCCUCAGUCCUAUUCCUCCCCCUGUUCCCCUCAGAUUGCCCCCAUCUGGACAGACACUCCCCUCUCAUCGCCCUCCCCCAACACUGUUCCUCCUCCUUCCCUCACACUCCUUCAGCAGCAUGCUGGGAUGCACCACGUGGACCCUGCCUUGCACAGUCUGGAGGACUCUCCACCACCACCACAGGAAGGCAGAGAGCAGGGCGUCCUCAGCGCUGGUCAGAGCUUUGGGUGUCUCCCUCAACCGGAGCCAGGUGGGACCUACCAUCACCAACCCAGGGAUUUGUAG